ACACAUGGAUAUCAAGUCUUGUACCUUCUUCCCUUUCUUCCUUAGCCUCUUAACAUUUUGCGUACUAUUUAUGGUAACCAUUAGAGAACCCGAAACCCUCUACCGUACAAGAUACAACGUUCGUGUCGUAAAUGGCUUCACCAACAAUUCAUCCCUACCCCUAGUGAUAUGGUGCGCGUCACCCGAGAAUGAUAUGGGUGGGCGCGCCUUGCAAGAAGGAGAUGACUAUAGUUGGAGCCAAACCACAAAUUUCUUGGGUGUUGGUGGUAACACCCGUGUGUUUUGUACACUAAAAUGGGAUCAAAUGAGGAAGAAAUUUGAUGCUUUUUAUAUUUAUAGAGAUAGUUAUCGUUGUAGCCCAUUCAAGAUGUGCGUUUGGAUGGUUAAAGAAGAUGGUUUUUAUUUUAGUAAUGAUGGUUUGCUUUUUCAUAAGGAUUUUUCUUGGACAUAAAAAAAAAA